AUGGAGAACCUCAAUCAGUUCUGCAAGACACAUGAUACCACUCCUCAGUCUGUUUACUUCACUACCUGGUCUAUUGUACUUUAUCAUAUGACAGGACAAAGUGAUGUUUCUAUCGAUGUUGAAAGUCACACUGCGUCGGCUCUCGCGGAACGACCUGGAUGUGAAACAUAUAACAUGAUCCUCAAGAUUGCUACGACACCGCUUGAGCUGAUGUCCGAGUACAAAUUCCCCGACAAUUUAUUAUCUGUUGAGACAGGAACCAAGCGGUCUAGUGACUCAAGCAUCAAGGACAGGCACAUGUUCAGAAUGAUCCAAGAUGCGGGAGUGUUCCGAAAUGAAGACGAUAAAUUUGCUUUUUCUAGCCAUGAUUAUGUUUCCUACGUUCAUUUGUUGACCGAGCCAGAUACUGCCACUCUCAAGAUUUUCUGGAGAAGCGGCCUGCAAGAUCUGGAAGAAAUAACCAACAUCUUCGAGCAUACAUAUAACUUUAUCUUGUCCCAGCCAGACGCUGCGCUCCAGUCUAUGAGUAGGCCUACUCUCGUCCAACUAGAACUACUUCCUCCUGGGCCUGGAGAAGACCCAAGCUCGAACAUCCCGGACCUGCUUCGGCUCACAAGCUCAACGUUUCCAUCUAAAACAGCCAUCAGUGCAUGGGACGGCGAUUUAACGUACCAGGAGCUUCAGAAUACUUCUGACCGAUGGGCCAAAGCUUUGUUAUCACAUGGCUUGACUGUAGGUGAUAGGGUUAUUCACGCGUUUCAACAGUCUCAAUACGCGAUUGUUGCAUGGCUGGCCAUCCUCAAAGCUGGUUGUACGUGCGUGCCGAUAGAUGUACCAACGCCAACUGAGAGACUCAAGACCAUCAUCGACUCUACAACGUGCAAAGCAGCGAUCUGCGACACGGACGGGUCUUCACAUCUUGGCUCCACAUCACUGUCUCUACUUACCCCAUCCAACUUGGAUGGGAGUGAUAAGAAAGACGAUAUUGAUAUCGGAGAAGUCACUACUUCUAGUACUGCCGUCAUCAUUUUUACCUCGGGAUCUACCGGUCAACCAAAGGGUUUUAUUCAAACACAUGGGGCCAUUGCCAGUAGCAUGGUGAAGGUUUCGAAGGUCUUAGGACUAGAUGAAGAAAGCAGGUUCCUACAGUUCGCUCCGCAUUGUUUUGAUGCGAGCAUCUGCGAAAUAUUCAGCACGCUUGUGGCCGGUGGCUGCUUGUGCAUUCCAGCCCCUGACAAGAAGCUAACCGACAUCGCCAAAAACAUCAAUACGAUGGAGGUCACCCAUGCUGUCUUGACACCUACAGUAGCAAAGAUGUUAUCAACUGAUCAAGUGCCGAGCCUCCAGAGUCUGAGUGUGGGUGGGGAGCCAUGUUCUUCAAAGCUCCGCGAGACUUGGUCGCCUCAUUUACAGUUCAACGUCUUGUAUGGCUCCACUGAGGGUGGUGUGUGGGAUACCAUCAAGUGUGUCAAACCUGAUGACGACUUCAGCGUUCCCAGCAUCGGAUUCCCCAUCGGGGGCCGCGUUUGGAUAGUGCAUCCAGACGACUGGACUAUUCUUUCCCCCAUAGGAGUUCCAGGGGAGAUAUGUAUCCAAGGGCCAGAUAUUGCUACAGGCUACCUUGAGGACAAGCAGAAGACUCGACUGGCCUUCAAGUCAAACCCCCCCUGGCUAACCAGGGAAGAAGGUCCUUUGUCACCUUGCUACAAUAUCUUUCUAACCGGUGACCGUGGACUGGUCCUGAAGGAUGGCAGUCUACGUAUCUUUGGUCGUAUAGAUCGCCAGCUCAAGAUUAACGGCCAGCGAAUCGAACCUGGAGAGAUUGAGGAAACCUUGAGACGAUUCUUGCCCGAUCAUCUGAAUGCAUUUGUUGACACUUUCAAACCUCGAGGAGACAAACCAAGACUGGUUGUCUUUAUCUCCCACGAAGAGAGCUCUGAACCUUCCCUGAUGCAAGAAAGCGACCUUGACCCGGCGACUCACAAUGCCAUUCGUUCGUCUCGAGAGGUUCUACCUGACACUAUGGUGCCUUCAGUGGCUAUUCCCAUCGCAGCCUUCCCAAUGACUCAAACGAACAAGAUCGACCGUCAAGCAAUCAGAAAGCUUGGCACGGCCUUUUUCGAUUCCCAGAAUACGUCAUCCUCCCCGAGCGAUGCCAUAGGAGAGACAAAAUCUGAGAACAAUGACAAAACAAAGGUCAAAAGUGUCAUUGGACAGUUUUUACAGGAGCAGGGAAAUGGCUGUACAAAAGGCUUGGAAGAUCCUCAAGUUGCUUUGAAGGACCUAGGUAUCGAUUCUAUGGACGCGAUGUCACUGGCCUCGACUUUGAAAGAGGAAGCACAGAUCGAUGUAUCUGCAUCCAAGCUCAUGGACCCAAAUAUUUGUGUUGGGGAGCUUGCCGACAUGCCCGACGACCACGGUAAGGACGGACGGAGUCUGUUGAACAGCGAGAUCGAGAAAUGGACAAAGGAACUUAGUAAGAUUGGCAGUUCUCGAGGCCAUUGUGUGUUUUUGACUGGCCCAAACGGAUUCCUCGGCCGAGAAAUUCUACGCAAAGUCCUUCAAUGCCCUCUAAAACCAACAGUUACUUGUCUGAUGCGAGGGAAGGACUAUCACCACGCUCAUCAAAGAUUUUUCGAAGGUUGUCGUGAGCUUUCUUGGUGGAGCAACUCACUUGAAGAGCGUGUGCAUGUUUGGCUAGGUGAUCUGACCCAGCCUCAAGCCGGCCUCGAUGAGCGCCAAUGGAAUACCAUCUUUGGCCUGAACGGUCAGCCCCGACAAUUCGACGUCAUCAUCCACAAUGGGGCAAUUGUCAACUGGCUAGAGCCUUACGAAUCCCUUCAAAAGACCAAUGUUUUUAGUACACACGAGUUUCUCGCUGGUUUCCUACAAUCGCAGGACCCUCCCCAGACCAUCUAUGUGUCUGGUGGCUAUUUAUCUAGCGUUGAUGAAACGCACGAAGAGUUGGUGGAGAAGAUCGGACAACUGCCGGCCUAUGACCAGACAAAAUUUGUGUCUGAAGUCAUGGUUAGGCAUGCACAGUCGAUGAAUGAUUUGGGGGGAAGCCGCCUGUGGACAUUUAAACCUGGAUUUAUCGUUGGCUCAACCGAAAAUGGAAAUGCUCAGCCAGGCGACACACUUUGGCGCGUGGUCAAGGCAUGUGUCCAAGCUGGAUCUUAUAGCCAAGAUGACGCCCGCAAUUGGAUCACUGCUGCUGGAGUUGAUACUGUCGCAUCUACGCUCGUGGACCGGAUUCUGUCACCGGUAUUUGGCUCAUGUGCCAAGCAAGCCCAGAAGGUGCUUGAUGGAGUAUAUCUCCAAGAAAUCUGGGACAUGCUGGAAACGAUGGAUAUGCACCUUAGGCCUCUAGAACAUGAGGCAUGGUUUGAGGUCAUUCAGAAGGACCUACAAGAACGGGGCAAGUCACAUCCCUUAUUUCCAUUAAACGAAUGGUUCAGAGAAUCCGGAGGCUUUCUGGGAAUCGAGUCGCCAGCAAGUGAUUUUGUCAGUGAAGAGAACUGUCGCAAGUCGCGGGAGGCUGUAGUGGGGAGUUUGGAAUUCUUGGUGUCUUCAGGGUUCCUUAGUAGGAAGCCAAGUUCGCCUAUUACUUAG